AGUCGUCCCGAUGGUGAGCGUCGCUUCCCAUUCAGUAGAUCCGGGACGUCAGCCAAAGGCGUCACGUGUCGCUCCGGCGCUCAGGAAUGUAAUCGCGUGGAUAGAAACGUUUCGAAAAGUGAUUAUGGAUAAUUUUUGGAUAAAAAAGUGCAUGUUUAUAUAUUAAGUCACAAUCUUUGUACUACAGUAGAAUUUAACGUAUGAUCCGCCUCUACAAUAAUUUAUUGUUGCGUGAAUAAAUUUGACUAGAGCUGUGCAAAUGACUGAAAAUUAAUUUAGCACUAUGACUUUGUGUACGGGUGAUUGUGAAUUGUAGAAACAGUCUGGGAGCAACAAUAUGCAUAUUGUGACAUUAAUUAGUUUAUUGCUUUGGAGUAACUUUGGAUAUGCGGGAUUGCCGCCUGUUAUCAGAAUAGGAGCAAUUUUUACCGAAGAUCAAAAAAACAGCAGCGUCGAAUUGGCUUUCAAAUACGCAGUUUACAAGAUAAACAAGGAAAGAGAUUUGUUGCCUAAUACUACACUCGUCUAUGACAUCCAAUAUGUGCCAAGGGACGACAGUUUCAGAACAUCCAAAAAGGCUUGUCGACAGGUAGAGUUCGGAGUUCAAGCCAUUUUCGGUCCAUCCGAUCCGAUUCUAGGAGCACAUAUUCAGAGUAUAUGUGAAGCUCUCGAUGUACCUCAUAUAGAAGCAAGGGUGGAUUUCGAACCGACCUCCAAGGAGUUAUCUAUUAAUUUACACCCCAGUCAGGAAAGCAUGAAUAAAGCCUUUAAGGACCUGAUGGCCUUCCUCAAUUGGACUAAAGUGGCUAUUAUUUACGAAGAAGAUUAUGGCCUAUUCAAGCUGCAAGAAUUGGUGAAGGCGCCGGGAGCGGCCCGAACUGAAAUGUAUAUCCGGCAAGCAGGUCCUGGAUCGUAUCGACAGGUCCUACGGGAAGUCAGGCAGAAAGAACUCUAUAAGCUUAUCGUCGAUACUAAUCCGAGAAAUAUCAAUCAGUUUUUUAGAGCGAUAUUGCAGUUACAAAUGAAUGACUAUAGAUACCAUUACAUGUUCACAACAUUUGAUUUGGAGACGUUCGAUUUGGAAGAUUUCAAGUACAAUUCCGUAAAUAUAACUGCUUUUAGAGUAGUUGAUGUGGAUCAUCCAAAAGUCAAAGAAACUUUGGAAGUUAUGGAAAAGUUUCAACCGAUUGGCCAUGCCAUUCUCAAUAGAAGUGGAGUUAUUCAGGCCGAGCCGGCUCUGAUGUUUGAUUCAGUAUACGUAUUUGCAAAGGGAUUAUCCGGUAUGGAGAACAUGCAGUCUAUUAGACCUACGAAUUUAUCCUGUGACAUUGAAAAGCCAUGGGAUGAUGGAUUAACACUGUACGAUUACAUCGACUCCGUGAGCGGUCUCCAUGGACUGACGGGUAAUUUGGAAUUUAGCGAGGGCAAAAGGACCAACUUCAAAGUGGACCUGCUAAAAUUAAAGAAAGAAGAAAUUCGCAAAGUCGGUGAAUGGACGGUUACUAAUGGCAUCAAUAUAACGGAUCCGAAUGCGUUUUAUGAAAACCACACACCGAAUGUGACGCUUAUCGUAAUGACAAGAGAGGAACGACCAUAUGUAAUGGUAAACGAAGAAAAGAAUUUGACGGGCAAUGCUCGCUAUGAAGGUUUCUGCAUUGACCUAUUGAAAUGGAUAGCAGCUCAAGUGGGCUUCCAAUAUACAAUUAGACUAGUUCCUGAUCACAUGUAUGGCGUGUUUGAUCCAGAUACGAAGGAAUGGAACGGAAUCGUUAGAGAAUUAAUGGAAAAGAGAGCGGAUCUCGCUGUAGCCUCGAUGACGAUAAAUUACGCUAGAGAAAGCGUAAUUGACUUCACGAAGCCUUUCAUGAAUCUCGGAAUUGGAAUUCUCUUUAAGGUUCCUACUAGCCAACCUACGAGGUUAUUUUCUUUCAUGAAUCCUUUGGCGGUGGAGAUAUGGCUGUACGUCUUAGCCGCAUAUAUUUUGGUAUCGUUCACUUUAUUCGUAAUGGCGAGAUUUUCGCCAUACGAAUGGAAUAAUCCUCAUCCGUGUCACCAGGAUUCUGAUAUAGUUGAAAACCAGUUUUCUGUUUCGAACAGCUUCUGGUUCAUUACCGGUACUUUUUUACGACAAGGGUCCGGAUUGAAUCCCAAGGUAUCUGCUCGAGCACCGGCAAAACUUUUUGCUUUUCUCACACCAUUGGCUAUAGAAAUUUGGUUAUACAUGGUUGGCGGAUACGUCCUCGUCUCUUUAACAAUUUGGAUAGCCGCCAGAGUGUCUCCCAAAGAAUGGAGAGAAAUCGAGCCGUGCGAUGAGUGUCUAUGGAAAAAAUAUGGAGAGGAGUGCGAACAUUUUUCUUACGACGGCGACGGCACUUCUGGAAUAUGCAGCGACGAAACAGACGACGAAGAUUCCGAGGGCUACUUCAUCGACAAAAUGCACAGGAACCUUUCGCCAGUAGACAAUAUUUCCUGCAAACACGACAAAGUUGAUUUUAUUUGCGAACAUGAACACGAACAGGAACGCGAAUACGAACUAGAGGAAUGCGGUAAAAGUUUGGACGUCCUCGAAAAUGGAUUUACUUUAGGAAACAGUUUUUGGUUCGCGAUAGGGUCCUUAAUGCAACAAGGAUCUGAUCUUAAUCCUAAGGCCACGUCGACCCGCAUAGUAGGCGGUAUCUGGUGGUUUUUCACUCUCAUUAUAAUAUCGUCGUAUACGGCGAAUUUGGCGGCCUUCCUCACAGUGGAACGGAUGAUUACCCCCAUAGAGAGCGCCCAGGACUUGGCCGAGCAAACGGAAAUCGCUUAUGGAACUUUGGAAGGCGGAAGCACUAUGACUUUUUUCAGGGAUUCAAAAAUUGGUAUUUAUCAAAAAAUGUGGAGAUUUAUGGAAAGUAGAAAUCCCCCAGCAUUCGUUAAAUCUUACGAGGAUGGCGUGAAGAGAGUUCUGGAAGGCGAUUACGCUUUUCUAAUGGAAUCGACUAUGCUAGACUAUGCGGUACAAAGAGACUGUAAUCUAACACAAAUCGGUGGAUUAUUAGAUUCGAAAGGAUACGGCAUUGCCACUCCUAAAGGUAGUCCUUGGAGGGACAAAAUUUCUUUAGCUAUUUUGGAACUACAAGAAAAAGGAGUCAUUCAAAUCUUAUACGAUAAAUGGUGGAAAAACACUGGAGACGUUUGCACAAGAGAUGACAAAAGUAAAGAAUCUAAAGCGAAUGCUUUGGGAGUUGAAAAUAUAGGUGGGGUUUUCGUUGUUCUACUUUGCGGUUUGGCAUUGGCAAUAUUAGUUGCUAUUUUGGAAUUUUGUUGGAACAGUAAGAAGAAUGCCCAAACAGAUCGACAAUCGUUGUGCUCCGAAAUGGCGGAGGAGCUCAGAUUUGCCGUACGCUGCCAUGGAUCUAGACAGAGACCAGCUUUAAGAAGAUCUUGCACUAGAUGUAGUCCAGCGACGACGUAUGUACCAGCGGCACUCGAUCUACCACAUCUCAAUGGGGAAGGUGUUAUGUUACCAAUGUUAGACGUAAAACGAUCUCCUAUCAAUUAUGAAGUGGACACCUAGCGACGACUCCAAAGUGGAGGCUAUUCGACCUUCACUUGCCCUUCUAGUGCCAUAAGGGACUGUUGUGGAGGUCCAGUAUGCUCCAGACCACAACAAAAAUCAGCAACACUGAAUUAUAAAGUGGAACUUCACUGCCCAGACAUCAAUACUAAAAGUGCUACAUUGGGUCGUAGUCGUUCGGGAGGUGGGCCUCAAAAUACAUGCGACGUCGUUCAAAGCGGACUAAAUGUAUCUGAUAAAAUCCUUUGGAAGUUCGAGUGUGAUAUCGGUAGUCCAAAUAGUCCAGAUGUGGUGAAUAGAACGUUACCAGAUGCUAUUCAGAGUAGGACGACCACUUUGUGAUAAAGUUAGAUAGAAGAAUAAAAUUAAUGAUUCUAAGAUAGAAAAGGAAGAAUUCUACGAUGAUUCACAUUCGAAAUAUUCUUCUUUUUCUGAGUACCUACAAACUAAACCAAAUCAAAAACGAACUGAUGUUUGUACCAAUUGGAUUUACAUGUUAAGAUUAGAUAUUUCGAAUAUUUUGGAUGGUUUUUCAUUAUCAAGAUGCAUGUCAAAUUUUUUAUGGGUUUUAUAUGGAAAUCCAAGUUUCGAUUUUAUUACUAUUUUCAUGUUCAACUCGGGCAGUAAUUUCUGAAACUAAAAUAUAUGUAAAAAUAUUUGUGUCCAAUUAACUUUUUUAGCAUUUUACGUGUUUUUUUUGUUAUUACGAAUUCAGUAAAUAUGAGGUGCAUCUUGAAAUUAAGGAAAUGUUUCGAAACAGAGUAUUUUGAUUGAAAAUGUAAAUAAAAUUUUGAUAUUUGGAAGGAUGUGUUUGUUACCUGUUCACCGUCCAUUUAACAUUUUCUGUGUUUGCGACGACCGACCAUUAGACGUAUUCAAAAAUUACGAAGCAGGAAGCAGGAUGAAAUAUGAAAUUGUUUAUUCAGGCACUUUUCAACAUGCACAUUUUUUUUAUUUUCACACCACUCGAUUAUACCAAAAGUCGAUACAAUUUUUUUAUUUCAAAAAAAAAAAAAACUCUCUUUCAUUGGAAUCCCAAAAUACUCUCUAUGAUAAAAUUGUAACUUCCUAAUAAAAUACCAUGUACUUGUUCGUAUUUUACUUUAAUGUUAUGCAGAAUUUCAAAUCUUGAACUCGUAUUAUUUUAGAAUUCUUUUUGUUUUGUAAUUUUUGAUCGUCAGUUAACGUGAAAACCCCAAUAUAAUUUAAUAUAUGGUAGAGACGAUUUUUGCUUAUAAUGUUACAGAAAUGUUCAUGAAAUUUCGAAAUGUAAUAUUUUGUAAAUAUAUUUCAAAAUAUAUAUGAAUGAUUAACAAAUAAAAAUAUUCCAAUAAGGUUAUUGUCAACAUUACACUCAGCAUUAAAUAGUUGUUUCUCAAAAUGGUUUUUGAAAUAUUCAUCUAAAAGGAUUACUGUGAUAAACUAUUUGAAUUUAUUUUAUUUGGUAACUCAACACCUAACCGACUGUUCAAAAAGUCCUAUUAUCUGUAUGUUUUCAAUUGUUAAGAAAAUAAUGGAAUAUUUCAUAAAAUUAAAUUUCUGCCUUAUUGUAUAAAGCUUUAAAUUAUUUUCAACUUGAAUAAUUAUAGUGAUAUAUUUUCGUCGAAACACUUUUUAUGUGAACCUACUAAAUUAUAGAUGUUUUGUGAAUGUAAAUACACGUGAUUUAAAUAGAAAGCAAAAAUUGUCUUUAUUCUUUAUAUAAACAUAUAUCAUAUUUGACCGUUUAAAAUUAUUCAUUCCAUUUAUAUAGCAUAUAUUGAAGACUUUCACAGCUCCCAUGUAUAUUUAUUUAAAACUUCCCUUAUAGGGAUUCGAAAUUUUUACCAUUUCCUCAUCGAUUCGUCAUAAAUUUAAUUCGUUCACAGAUUUUUUUGUAAAUGUCCUAAUUCCUCAAGUUCCUAAUUUAUUAAGAACUGUUCGUAUGAUAGUAGGUUAUAAAAAUAACAAACUGUUUCUCUUCGGAAGGUCUCACCAAGUGACAAAUAUGAGCGACUUUUUUAUAAAUCUAGCUCUACUAAUAGAUUGUUCACUGAAACAUAAUAUUCAUUAGAAAGAUAGAUAACGUAAAGUGAAGCCGAACCAGUGACUGCUAAGCAUGCAAGAGACGUCUAUAAUGAGUUGACCAAAUAGUGAUGUCUUUAAUAUAUGACUACAGUGAUAUCUAUUGAAAACAUUCUUUGAAUAAUUAUUUUCGAUUAUUUCUAAUACAUAUUUCUCUUCAACAAUACUUUUAUGAGAUAUUCUAUAUAUUGUUAUACAGUAAAAUCUGAUUUCAGAUGGUUUUCAGUGUUUACAUUGUUGAUGAUUUAGCUGUUUAUCAUUAUUUCGAAAAUGUUAUAAUGAAUGUAAAUAAAUUUGCUAAUAAAUAGAAUAAAAUCGAA